AUGAAUGAAUAAAAUAGUAGCGAAACACUAAGUUUAACAAAAUAUGAUAAAUUGACAAUUAAAAGAAAUUCAUUUCAAAUUUCAGAUAUACCUGAUUUUGAUAAUUCAGAAACUAUAUCAUUAACAAAUUAUUCCAAAAAUACAAAAAUAUCACGAUCAAAUUCUAUUCCCUCUUAUCAUACUUUAAAUUUGACUAAUUUUACAAAAUAAACUUUUGAAGUCUAAAGUAUUUUUUAUUUUAUUAUGGAUAGAUUUAAAUGAGAGUGAAAUAACCAUUUCUCUUACAAAAAUGACUAAAUAGACAUUAUAAAAAGAUGUUAAUAUUUUCGGUAGAAGAUCAUUUUGA